AUGUACGUCCUCUACCUCCGUUCCAGCCCCGCUCGCUUUGCAGCUUUGCUCGUCGACCCGAAGGAUGACCUUCAAAUGGCUCAAGUGCAAGAUGAGAUUAUGAAAAGCAUCAAACUGGAGUGGACGACAAUCGUGGACAUGGAGAACAAAGAGAGCUCCAACCAGCUGCUUCAGCAGAAGUGCGGUUUCACGAGAUGGCUGUGCUACAGGGAGCCAAUGAGUUGCUUGGAGCUGGAAAAGUGGUCCAUGACGGACAAGGCCAAGGCUCUGCUGCUCAGCUGGCACCCAGGCCUUGCUUUCAGCGCCAAUGUGGAGCAGGUUUUUGCUGCAGUUGAGGAUGGCUGCAAACGUGGAGUGAAAAAUCUCAAGGCGAGCAUGGCCAACCUGCAAUGCCUUUCCAUACGGGCUGUGGAGCAAAAGGUGGCUUUGAAUGAGAAGCGGCAGCAGGCGGGUGAGACAGACCGGCCACGGUCCGUGAAGCUCGGUGUGGAGGACUUCGAGGGCAGCGAGGUCCGGGCCCUGAAGGCCCUCCAGAUGGAUGAGCUUGGCAUGGUGUUCAAGGGCAGCCUUCCUGCCUAUGAGGUGGACGAGACAAAGGUGAAGCAAAGCGACGUCAGACCUGGAAUGCAGGACUGCCUUUUGGAGCAAGAGCAGGUGAAGGCUCUUUCUUUCCGGCUUGAGAAGCCGAUGGUCAAGGAGCUGCUGCUGCAGACGGAAGAUGUUGAAGUUUUCACCUACACGAUCCAUUUCCUCAGCCCUCGCCUCUGCGACAAAGUUGGAUGUGCUGCUGUGCUUCGGAGAAGCAGCUCCGGGCAGACACUGCUUGUCUGGAUGGUUCGCAGCAAGGACAUCGUCAAGCUGACUUCGGAGACUUUGAUCCAAUGGGCUGCCGAAUAUGGUUUGGAACUUCGGCGAAACAGCACCAAAAGUGCAAAGAUCAGAGCACUGUGCCAGCUCCCAGCUGUCAUCGCAGCCUGCACACCGGCCGAGCUGAAGGCUUUGGAUGACUUAUUGAAUGAGAUAGAUGAAAAGCGCCGGAAGCGCACAAAGUCCGGUUCGGCCGACAACCAGGAGGACGACGAGGCAGAUCUCCAGGAAGAGGAGGAGGAUGAGACAAUGGCCGCCGCCAGACAGCUGCUGGAGCAAGCGGAGAAGCAAGAGGAAGAAGCUGAUGCCGGUGCUGAAGGCGGAAAUCCUGAUGAAGCAGCAGCUGCUGGAGAUGCCCAGGUUGCCCCUGCAGCGGCAGAAGCUCCAGCAGAGGCAGAUGAAGAGAGAAAGCGAGCUUCGCGGCGGUUGCUGAGCACUUGCAAAGCCGUGCCCGACUUCCUGACGGCGAAGUUCAAGAUGAGAGAUGAUGUGGUCAUCACGCAUGUGGAGCAUCGGUCUACGGUUCUGCCCCACUUCCAGGUUCGCCUUCCCGGCGACGAGAAGUACGAGGGAAAGCGACAUGGUUGCAGAAAUCCUACUAUUAGUUUUCCAGCACAAAUGCAUUCCAUUAGAUUUUGCAGCAGUCAGGGUGAAUGUAGAACAACAAUGACAAAUGAGGCACAGCUGCAGUGCAAGCUACAAUCCGGCCAUCGACAAGGAGCAGCUAGAUGA